GUGUGUGUAUUUUAAUAUUUUCCCACGUCUUUCCAUAAGUUUUCCAUUUCUGCUUGCACAUCGAGUGCAGGGCCAGCAGAUGGCCUGCACUGACAUUUGGUAAAUAAAAUAUUAGGCCUCAUGGAGAAACUUUAUGCAUUAUGGUUUACACAUGGCUGCUGAUAAUUGGCUUGUACAUCUACUGGUUCAACUUAUUUGGAAAAUUUGGUCUGGCUCGGUGUUCGCAUUUGCUACCUUUUCUCCUGUUUAUAUUAAUGUCAACAUUCCGAUCGUUUCCACAACCAAACCAUUUGCUAAGCUUUCCAUUUGAACCUCCUUCAAAGUAAUUAAGCCAAGCCCUUUCUCUGUAUUAUCUCUCACCCGUCCAAGUAAUGGCAGAAGGAGCUUUAAUCAGUGUUGUAGCCUCCAUCGUUAGGGUGUUGGGUACUCCGUCAUUCAAAGAGCUCGGAAACUUUUGGGGUCAUAAAAAGAAGUUUGAGAAGCUUGAGAACACGAUGAGCUUGCUGGAAGCAGUAAUUCAAGAUGCAGAGGCAAAGCAGAUCAAUAGCCGUCAAAUCGAGCACUGGCUUGAGAGGCUUGAAGACGCAGUUUAUGAAGUUGAUAGCUUGCUGGACGAAUUUCAGACUGAAGCUUUAAGGAGUCAAGCGAUGCCUGGGAAUGAAACCACCAAGAAGGUACGCACUUUCUUGUCAAACUCAAACCGGAUUGCUUUUCAAGUAAAGAUGGGUAUUAAGUUAAGAAAGGUUAGGAAGACACUUAAAGAUAUUAAAGAUGAUAGCGUCUUUGGUAUGUUGACACAACUCCCCGUAGAACCAGACACUGCGCAUGCCAAUAACAGAGAGACUCACUCUUUUGUGCGUGAUGAAGAAGUUAUUGGAAGGGAUGAGGAUAAAAUGAACAUUAUUAAACUUUUGUUGGGUUCUGAUUCUCAAGAUAAGGAUAAUGUUUCAUUCCUUCCCAUAGUUGGUAUGGGUGGACUAGGAAAAACCACACUUGCUCAGUUCGUUUACAAUGAUGAGAAGAUUAGGAAACAUUUUGAACUUCUAAUAUGGGUUUGCAUAUCUGAUGUGUUUGACCUGAAAAUAGUUCUUGAGAAAAUGAUUAAAUCAAUAAAUGGUUCUGUACAACAAGGCCUUGAGCUAGAUCAGUUGCAACACUCUCUUCGCCAAAAGCUAAGUGGAAAAAGAUAUCUUGUUGUAUUAGAUGAUGUGUGGAAUGAAGAUGGGGAAAAAUGGCUUAAACUAAAAACAUUGCUAGUGGAUGGUUCACGGGGUAGUAGAGUUUUGAUAACUACACGAAACAAAGACAUUGCCCAAAUGAUGCAAACCAUUGGGCCGUAUGAGUUACAAGGUUUAGACAAAAAACAGUCUUGGUCAUUGUUUAAGAAAGUGGCAUUUGAGAGAGGAGAAGAGCCUCGUAACUCCAAUAUUGUAAGAAUAGGGGAAGAGAUUGUAGAAAAGUGUAAGGGAGUUCCUCUUGCCAUAAGGACAAUAGGAAGCAUAUUGUAUGGCAAUAAUCUUGAGAGUGACUGGGUGUCCUUUAAGAUUAAUAAGCUUGCAAAGUUACCUAAACACCAAAAUGGUCUUCUACCGACACUCCGGCUAAGUUAUGAUUGUCUUGCCCCUCAUUUGAAGCAUUGUUUUGCUUAUUGUAGAUUAUUUCCAAAGGAUUAUGUCAUUGAUGUACAAAAGUUGAUAAAACUCUGGAUGGCACAAGGUUUUGUUAAUUCGUCUGGCCAGAACGAAUGUCUAGAAGAUAUUGGUUAUGGUUAUUUUCUAUAUUUACUUGGGAGAUCUUUUUUCCAUGAGGUAAGGAGAGAUGAGUUGGGUACCAUAAAGAAGUGUAAAAUGCAUGACCUUAUGCAUGAUCUUGCAAUUUCAGUGGCAGGGGAACAUAGCAUCAUAAUAAACAAGUUUCCAGAGAAUGAAAAUUUUCGUCAAAAGAUUCGUCAUAUAUUUAUGGAUAUUAAACCUGAGUGGAGCUCUUUGACAUUUCCAAUGUCCUUUCUUGAAGGAACGGAGUUGGUGCGCACCUUUCUUGGACUCGAAGAAGGAAUAGGCGGUCUUAGCGAAAAGAGUUGUGAAGCAAUUUUAUCCAAUUUAAAGUGCAUACGAGCCUUGGGUUUGGAGAAUUUGAGAAUGGCGACGUUACCAGAUAGUUUUGAUAAAGUAAAACACUUGAGAUACAUUGAUCUUUCAUCUAAUAGGAUGAAGGAGCUACCAAGUUCUAUAACGAGACUAUACAAUUUGCAAACACUGAUUCUCACUCAUUGUUCGAGGCUGUUGAGCCUUCCUCCAAAUUUGAAGUAUAUGAUCAGCUUAAGGCAUCUUUUGAUAGAUGGAUGUUAUCGCUUAACUCAUAUGCCUGGUGGACUUGGUGAGUUAACUUCUCUUCGCACAUUGGAUCAUUUUUUUGUGGCAGGGAAUAAUUCAAAGUGGAAAGAUGCUGCAGGGUUUGCUGAACUGAGCCACCUUAAUAACUUGAGAGGACAACUAGUGAUUAAGAGGUUGAGCCAUAAUCUGCAGGGAGAUGCUGCAAAAUCAGAGGGUGCAAAUUUAAAGGAGAAGCAACAUCUUCAAUCCUUACAUUUACUGUGGAAGUCGAAGAAUGUAGAUGAUGGUUGUGAUAUUGCAGAGCAUGAUGAAAUGUUGUUGGAAGGCCUUCAACCACAUGUUAACCUAAAAGCAUUCCGAGUGGUGAGGUAUAUGGGUGUAAAGUUUGCAAGUUGGCUUUCUUCACUUAGUAAUCUUGUGAGUUUAGAUUUAUCACUUUGUGAAAAUCUCCGUUACCUACCAUCCUUGGAUCAGUCGAUGAGUCAUCUCAAGGAACUUAAACUUUUUUCAUUGGCUGCUCUACAGUAUGUUAAUUUAGAAGGAGAGUAUCCGUGGGCUUCAAGAGAUCUAUUCUUCCCUCGCCUAGAGAAACUUGAAAUAAGUGCUUGUCCAAAUCUGAAGGGAUGGUGGAAGAGGAAUGAGCCUGUUGGUUUAACACCAACAACAUCCUCCAUGAUACACCAUAACCAAAACCAACCUUUUUUCCCUUUUCUUUCACGUCUAACCAUAGCUGGUUGCCCUAACCUAAUUUCCAUGCCGCUGUUUCCAAAUGUCGAAUAUUUACAUCUUUACUAUGUUAGCUCUAUAGCAAUAUUACAACAAAUUGCAAUGCUGAUUGAAGCAGCUGUAUCACCUUUAUUAUCACCACCAUUAGCAUCUUCUUCUGAUUCAUUUUUCAAUUCCACUGCUCCAACCCCCCUUUCCAGAUUGAACCACUUGCAUCUUCAGCAUAUGGAGGAUUUAAAAAUUUUGCCAGAGGAGAUAGCCAACCUCUCAUCAUCGUUGCAGAGACUUUACAUUGAAGACUGCCCCAAUUUGACAUCAUUGCCAAAGGGAAUAGGCAACCUCUCAGUACUUGAUAGUCUUGUUAUCAUGGGAUGCCACAAUUUAGUAACAUUGCCCAAAGAGAUGGGCAAUCUCUCAUCAUUGAAAAUUCUUCGUAUUGGAAGGUGUGAUAAGUUGAAAUCCAUGCCAGAAGAGAUGCAUGGUCUUAUUUCUUUAGCCAAACUAGACAUCUCUGAAUGCCCCAAUUUAUUGUCAUUGCCAGAAGGGAUAAACAAUCUCUCAUCUCUUACAGAUCUUUCUAUUAAGGCAUGUUGUAAGUUGGUAUCACUGCCACAAGGGAUGCAUGGUCUCACCUCUUUAAACGAUCUCUACAUUAAAGAAUGUACCAAUUUAGAAUCAUUGUCAGAAGGAAUAAGCAAUCUUUCAUCACUUGAAACUCUUACUCUAGCAAGAUGUGAUAAGUUGGAAACACUGUCACAAGGGCUGCGUGGUCUCACCUCUUUAGCUCAACUAAAGAUUAAAGAAUGUCCCAAUCUAGAAUCAUUGUCAGAAGGGAUAGCCAAUCUCUCAUCGCUUAAAAUUCUUCAUAUUGAAAAAUGCUAUAAGUUAGCAUCACUACCACAAGGGCUACGUGGUCUCACCUCUUUAAGCCAGUUAUGCAUUUUAGUCUGUCCCAACUUAAAGUCAUUGCCAGAAGGGAUAGCCCAACUCUCAAAACUUGAAUGUUUUGCUGUUGAAAGAUGUGAUAAAUUAGCAGCAUUCCCACAAGACUUGCAUCGUCUCACCUCUUUAAAGGAAGUACGCAUUACAGGAUGCCCUUUCCUAUCACAAGCAAUCGAGCAAGAUAGAUACGGCCUUCGAGCUAAGCUUGCUUGCAUCUACCGAGCUUCCCUUGAUGGGAAACCCAUUCAUGCGCUCUAGCUGCUAUUCAACUCGUAUUUUAUAGCGAUGGAGACAGCAAGAGGCGGUGAACUCAGAGCUCAGUUUCUCAGGCCUUCGACCACGACAUCCUCUAUGCCAUCUUCUCCUUCCUCGGCCUCGUCCAAUAUGCUCUGUCGUCUGGAAAUCCUGCAAUGCAAUUACGAAUGAGUCUAAGUUAGCUGUAAAUGUUCUGCUACAAGCAGCAGCCAAUGGGUUUCAUGGGUGUUUCCAAUACAAAAGUUCUACUAAUUUGGAGGAAUCGUUGAAAGCUAUAUUUGGACUUUGGAGGAGCUUUCGUUGAACUUCAUAGUUAGCUUUGCAAGAGGGUGUUAUUGAUAUUUGUUAAUGGAGAGGCUAUUCUGCUGGAUUGUUGGUGUGGUUGGCACUUGGUUAUGAAUAUUAAUUCUGUAUAGCUACUUCCGGAUGACAAAUCAACCUAUCAUUGCUGGAAUAGAUGGUGUGAAAGUAGUUUUGAACCAGAACACAAAUGAAGUUGUUUCCAGCAUUGGAGGGCAAAAGAUCAAGGUCCAUAUGGGGUGAAAUAUUAUCAUUAUCUAAACUAUGAUUUCUUUUAGGGUGGAUCACUGCCUGAUCAAGAGGGGCCUUCUUAAUAUGGUGCAGCUUAGAUGUUAAGAUUGUUGGUUUGGUUGGCACUUCAGAAUGACAAAUGAAGCUUAGUCAUUGGUAGAAUACAUGGAGAGAUAGGAGUUUUGAACCAGAACACAGAUGUUCCCCCAUUGUUUUGGAAGACAACAUAUUAUUAAGUUCUCCGAGCCACCAUUGAAAGAUUCAAAGCAAGAAGGGUUUCAGAAGAUACCUGUAUUGAUAGCAUUUCCAGAAAGUGGCCGAUAUCAAAUCUCUUGCUUGGCUGUUGGGAUGAAGAAAGUUGCCACUGCACACAAAAGUAGGUAUAUCAUAGAGUGGAAAUCCAACAAGCAAUUCAGAUCAUUGUGUUAUAUAGUAGGAAAUUGUUUAAGAAGUUUGUAAUUGUUACUGUUUUAACAAAGAUAUGCUAUUUAUCUUCUGUUCUUUGA